UUCUAUGAAAAAAAUUUUAAAUAACUGUUCUUUAACGUCUUACAACAAAACAAAUAUAAAAAGAGACUAUAAAUCAUUCAUUCGUGUUUUUAAAGUGCCAGUGAAAGGUUGUAUUCAAGUGUUUUGUGUUGAAAAUAAAUAAUAUUAAUUAUUUAAUAACUAUUAUAGAGGUAAGUGUACAAUAUAUUUAUAUAAUAAUAAAUAAUACUUGUUAAAAGUAUAGAAUAUAAUAUGCCAAAAUCAUUGCGUCGGGAAAUAGCGCGUAAAAAGCGGGAAUAUUUAAAAAGAGUUAUGAAGAGUACAGAAUCCCAGAAUGAUAUCAAUGAAAGUGAAAAUCUUUCAACGAUUGAUGAUGGUAUUGAUCAGUCUUCAAAACUUACUGUUGAAAAUAAUAUUCCGCCAAAACAAGAUUUAAACACCCAAUUAAAAAAUGUUUUUUUAAAUCGUCACGUUACAAUACAGUUGGGUGAUGAUAUUUUAAAAGUUUUAUGUGAAAAUGGUAUAGACGUACCAAGUACUUCGAAAAAACUUUUAAAGAAAAAGCAAACUCCAUUCAUUGUUAGAACGGUUAAUCCCGGUAAUUAUUACCAUUUCGGCUUAAAAAAACAAUUGGAAAAAUUGGAUCAAACGUCCAUUGACGUCGAUGCAAUCGAAUUGGAUAUCGGAAUUGAUGGAUUGCCACUUUAUAAAAGCAGUUCCAUACAGUUAUGGCCAAUUUUAGGGAGAAUUUUAAAUUCUGCCGCAAUAUAAUAAACUUAUGCAACUAAAAUUUUCAUGUGUAAAUCAGGACUAACAUUCGUUGUAAUGCGUCAAUUUUUUAUCUCGUUAUUUAUCUGUAUAUAAUGAUAGAUAGAUAGAUAGAUAGAUAGAUAGAUAGAUAGAUAGAUAGAUAGAUAGAUAGAUAGAUAGAUAGAUAGAUAGAUAGAUAGAUAGAUAGAUAGAUAGAUAGAUAGAUAGAUAGAUAGAUAGAUAGAUAGAUAGAUAGAUAGAUAGAUAGAUAAAUAAAUAAAUAUAUAAAAAAAUGUCCAUCCAUGCAAAUGUAAUGGUUGUAUGUUAUUUAAAACAAAAGUAGUGACAUUCAAAUAUUUAUUUGUAUUGUUUUGCUAGAGAUAUAGUUUAUUUUCGCAUUUUUAGAUUGUUGUAAUGAAGCGAAUAAUUACAGGAAAUUUAAGAUAUAAUUUUAAGUAAAUCCAUAAUAAGCAAUUAUAAUUAUGAUGGUGUUAAGGGGAAAAAGUCCUUAAAAAGAUAUAGCAACGUAUUAAACGCAAUUUAUGAAUCAACUAAAUCAGAGGGAUACACCUAUGAUAAAUUUAUAAAGGAUCUGCGUUUAUCGUUGCAUCGCUUCAAGAAUACAAUAAAUAGAUCAAAUUCAAGAAAGAAAAUCGAAGAUAA